GUAAACCUUUUUUCUCUUUUAGAAAUGACACGUAAAUUCUCCAGUAUUGAAGAUUUGGAUCUUUUAUUACUGAAGAUCUUUUUGUUUCGUCAUAUUUUAAAAUAUACAGAAAACCAAACUCUUCAUCUAGAAUCUUUCGGGUCAGAGUUCUUUCAUUAUAAUACAUUUCAGAUGAAUAAUUCUAUUUUUGGAGUAAAGGAACGGACCAAAAAUAAAAUAGAAUUUUUAUUCAAACCUUUACUAAGAUUAAAUAAUCAGAAUGCUGAAUUUAAUUGUCUUGUAAUGCCAGCUGAUCCUUCAAUCAAAGAAAUAAUGAUCAAAUAUACCAUUCCAGUAAAGUUAUCUACUGUGAAUGAACUAAAUGAUGAUCUAGAUAAACCAGAUCUAUUACGACAAACAUUUUCAGGAGAUUCUAAACUAUGUACCAUUGGAAGCGAUAACUAUACAGUACAUAUUCCAAUUUUUGAAAGUACAUUCAACCAACAGAAUUCUACCUAUUAUGUUUUUGUUGAAAAUAAUUUUGUCAUCUCUCAAGAAAGAGAUGAACCUUUAUU